AUGGAACUCAAAGAAAACUUUAACAAGAAAGUGAUUGGCUUGCGUGAUAAGAAGGUGAAGCUCCUUGAAGAAUUAAGGACUAUAGAUUCAGAAUUAGCUGUUCUUCAUGAAUUUUUACCGCCUGAAGAAUAUUCGAUCCGUCUAAAAAUUCCCGAAAUGGCACCGGAAGAGAUUCCAGAAAGGUGA